AACGGCUAGUUUAUAAAAACGAAAGUCCUGAUAAAUUCGCCAGCAAUAACAGCUCAGCAGACAAGCAAAAGCAAGCAACAAAACAAACUAUAAGCAGUCCCAGUGACAGCCACAAAGCUAAACAGUCCCUAUUGCUAUCAUUUGCAGGGGCCAGUGUGUGUGAUACAAUCGUCUAAAUUUAAAGUGUGAAGAACUGAGCAAACUUUUGGCAGUCGACUGCAGAGUGAAUCCCGUUGGUGUGUGUGCCUAGUGUUACACUGAAAAACAAAGAAACACUUGGAACAAAACCAUCAGAAAGCAGGCAAUGUCAUUGGAGGAUCUCAAGACCAAGCUGCGCCGUCAUCCGAAGUUAUUGGGAGUUGGCCUCAUUACUGCUGCUGGUUUCUUGCUGUACGAGUCGCCCCAGGUCCGCCGGUUCCUUUCCCAAUAUGUGGACAAGAAAUCGCCGGAGCCGGACAAACGGCGUGCCGAGUACAUCUACAUCAAGUACCACAUCUACCGCGAGUCCAUGCGAAAGCUAAAGCAGAAGGAGGAGGACGAGAAGAAGUGGAUCAGCGUGAUCAUCAACCCGAUUGGGAAAUGGUGGAAGGCGGCUAAGCACUCGGUGGCCUGGCGACUGCUCAAUAUCGCCCAAACUGGCAGCCAGCCGGAACGGCUCAAGGCGGUCCAGCAGCUCAUCUGCAUGGAUCACUUGAAAGACUGGGACUUCCGUCAUCUUGCCCAAAUCUGCGAUGCUCGCACGGCUGUCUCCUUGGCCCGUUGCAAUGCCGACACGCGCUGGUUCAUGCCCGUUCCCCGACGUGGGUGCAUCAAGAAUCCCAAGAUGCUCCUCUCGGAACUCCACGUGAUGCUGGCCCGCCUGCGACCCAUGGCAUGCGUAGACCACUUCUUUAGCAAAUACUUUCCCGAACAGGAUCCCAUUGAGGACAUUCACGAAUACUUGACCCAGGAGCAGACAAUAGUUCUUUCCACAGCCGACACGGACUUACUGAAAGAAAUCAUCUCGUUCCUGCACCACAUCACAAAGGAUCCCGAGGUCUCCGCCAGACUUAUGAGGGAUGGAGGCCUCGUGCAUCUCAUGGAGCUACGAAAGAUAUUUAACGACGACAACGAGACCUUAUCGACUCUGUGCAAAGUGUUGGCCAAUAUGUCCCUGGUGUCCGAUGCCGUGGAACAUUUCUUUACGUCCGGCUGGGUGGGCGCUCUGGCCGAGUGGCAACAAUGUCCCGAUCUCCGCCUGCAGGUGAUCUCGGCUAAGACUAUGGCCAAUCUGGAUCACGACGAUCCGAACCAGUGCACGUAUCCACCAAAUGUCUAUCCCCUGCAUCCGCGAGUUCGCACCCGCAGGAAGCCAAAGGCAGACAUUGUUUUCGUCCACGGAUUGCUGGGAGGUGUUUUUAUCACCUGGCGUCAGCGAGAUAGGAAGCCCACUGAGCUGGGUCUCUACGGAAAAAACGCCUUCUACACCAGCGAAACAGACGACGUAUUUCUGGUGGGCGAGCAGAAGAGACUUAAUGGAGGCAAACAAAAACCCGGCGAGGCGGUCAAAAAUGUCAAUAGCAACCAAAAGACAGAAACAAUUAAAGAUCCUGUCUUGAAAGCUAGCAAAAAAGUGGAGGAACAGCGUCUGAACAUUAGCGAUGCUGCCACCAAGGAGUUCGUGGAAACACUGAGAAACGAAGCCGAGUUGGACUCGGAUUGGGAAGUGGUCCACCCCGAUGUUCCCCUAAAUGCCAACGAAGAGUGCGAGGGAAAAUUUAGUGUGUGCGGGAGCGAAUGGCGGAACCAGGACACAAGUGAGGAGUACACCAACUGCUGGCCCAUGGAAUGGCUGCCAGAUGAUUAUCCAGAUUCCAGAAUUCUCGGCAUAGAUUACACAUCAGCAGUCACAGAGUGGUCUGCCAAUUUUACAAAAUACUGUCCGUGUGAAAAGGGUCAGGGUCACAUUGAUGUGAGAGCUAACACACUGCUCGACAGGAUCUCAGCGUCCGAUGUGGGCAACGACCGUCCGAUCGUGUGGAUAGGACAUUCCAUGGGCGGCCUGCUGACCAAGCUGAUACUGCUGAAAUCCCUGGACUCCCAAGAGCCGAAGGUCCAACAGCUGGCCAAAAAUACUAAAGGCAUUGUAUUUUUGGGAACCCCACACCGGGGCUCACCAAUUGCCAAGUGGAAGCAGCACAUGCAGAUGAUCCUGUCUCCAUCGAUUGAGGUCAAGGAGAUGGAAGAGAACUCGCCGAAGCUGCUGGAGAUGCACCGCCGCUUUAUGGGGUGCUUGCACACGUUCCUGCGCCAUGUAAAGGUGGUCAGUGUAGCUGAAGGAUCCCCCACCAUGUUAACCUCGUUCAAGUUCCCACUGCGCAUUGUCACUGAAGAGUCCUCUAAGAUAGAUUUCGGGGACUUCUAUCUGCUGAAGGAUGAUCACUUGAGUCUCUCCAAGCCCAUUUACCGGCAAUCGUUUCUGUAUCAGAGAUUAUUGCACGUAAUCCGCGAGGCCAUUAAGGAACGAUCAGAUCCCAAGGAUCAGGAUGGCCAGUCACAAAGCACUUCGAGUCAAGAUGUUGUGCUUGUCAAGAUCGUGGCUGCUCUGCUGAAGGGAGCCAAGGGUCUGUUCGAAUCGCUCCCCAGAGUCGCGCUCAGAUUUAGCACUUAGGAUGGGCUAAGUCCCACUAAACACCAGUACCUUAAUAGUAUCCCGACUAGUCUUUAAAGACUUGUGAAGUAUUUUCUACACGAGCCCUCACCAUCAUGACCAUUACACUUUGUAAAUACUCUAGCACUCCAUAUAGUUUUUUACACCCGAAUCCUAACUUAUUAUUCUCGGUCUCAGAAUAAAAUGUUUUAAUAAAUAUACAUGUGUAACACUAAA